UAAUUAUUUCUACUGCAGAUUUUUCUGUGUCCAAAAGACUGGACUACUUGCUGAACAUUAUUGGUCAGAUGUAAUCCAAGAAUCAUCAAAUACAGGUCAGAAUGCAGUUCCUGGGACGCUUUGUUUCCGGCCUGUUCACCAACCCAUACCGGGUUAAGGAGGUCCAACCGGCCGAGUACAAUGGUAAAGUAAGGAUGAAGCAAGAAGGGAGGACGGUACUUUACAGGGACAAUUUCUCGCAGGCAUGGGACUGUGUACUCAUGAUGCCUGACAGUCCAAACAUGGCACUGAGGUUAUUUCAGGUGACAUCGGAAGAAGAUGCUGCAAACUGGUUCCCUCAGUAUUCCCUCAAGCUCCGGCCGUUUUACGAAACGCUUCGUCCACCUCUUAAAGUGGACACUUUUCAGCAAAUAGUGGACUGUCUGCGGAACCACCCUGACUGGAGCUCCGCCCACAUUGCAGUGGACACCGGCCUGCGGGAAUGCCUCAAACACAACUAUGUUUUAAGUCAAAUAAACAUGCGGGACAGUCAGGGCCAGACGCCACUGCACCUGGCAUGUGAGCGUGGAGAUGCUAACUGUGUGCGUGAGCUGCUUGAGGAAUGCCAGGCUCGCACUGAUAUCCGAAAUAUGAACGGUGAUACACCCAUGCACUGUGCUGCCAAGCAGGAUUCAGCUGGGAUUAUUGAGGUGCUGUGCUCUCAGCUUUGUGUGGGUGUGAAUGAAUUGAACAAGGCUGGCGAGACACCCCUGCACGUAGCCUGCCAUCUGGGGAAGGCAGAGACGGCCAGGGCGCUAAUGGGAGGUGGCGCUCAAAGUGACAUCAUAGGGGGCAUUGGCUAUCCCAUCCACACAGCCAUGAAGUACAGCUCUAGAGGCUGUGCUGAGGCUAUUUUGGCUUCUAAUGUUAAACAACUGCAGUCUGAGGAUCCUGUGUAUGGUGGAACUCCUCUUCACUGGGCCAAGAAUGCUGAGAUGACUCGUUUGCUGCUCGAUCGUGGCUGCAGUGUGAACUACCUGAGUAAAACCGGAGACAGUCCGUUACACAUCCUGACGAAGAAGGGCCGCUACGAUGCUGCCAUGAUUUUGCUGACCCAUGGUGCUGACCCAAACAUUAAAGGACAGGAUGGAAAUACGGCACUGCACCUGGCCAUGAAGCUGGACCACAUGGACCUGAUUAAAGCUUUAAUCGUAUUUGGAGCUGAUUUGGAGAUCCGCAAUGAUCUCGGCGAGACGCCGGGUCUGAUUGCUGCCCGCACUAGCAAAGGCUCCAACCGUAAGGUGCUGCUGAACAUGUUGUGUAGCGUCGGGCUGGAGCGAUGUGGUCCAUCCUCCCCCGACAUCCCAUCCCCUGUUACCAGCAGACCCCCAGCCCCUGCUAUAGGUUUUGAUGGCCUUGUGCAUGCAGCAGCUGCCAUUGCCGCCAUGAGCCGAGGGUAUACUGAAGUGGACGGCCUGAAAUCUGGAAUUAGAAAAAUGGACAAUUUACUGUGUUUAGAUGGAGGAGGAAUUAAAGGAUUGGUUCUGAUCCAGAUGUUAAUUGCGUUAGAAAAAGAAGCGGGUCGGCCCAUCAGAGAGCUGUUUGACUGGGUGGCUGGUACCAGCACUGGUGGCAUCUUGGCUCUGGCCGUCGUUCACGGUAAGUCCAUGGAGUACCUGCGCUGUCUGUACUUCAGGAUGAAGGACCAGGUGUUUAAAGGCUCACGCCCGUAUGAAUCAGCCCCUCUGGAGGAGUUCCUCCAGCAGGAAUUUGGAGAGAACACCAAAAUGACAGAUGUCAAACAUCCCAAGGUGAUGGUGACUAGUGUUCUAGCAGACAGACACCCUGGUGAGCUGCAUAUCUUUAGGAACUAUGAUCCACCAGCACUACCCAGAGUCCCUCCAUAUGCUUCUAAUGCCUCAUUUCAACCCCUCACUGUCCCAGAAGAGCAAGUAGUGUGGCGAGCUGCUCGCUCCAGUGGCGCCGCCCCUACAUACUUUCGACCAAUGGGCCGCUUCCUAGAUGGAGGGCUGCUGGCUAACAACCCGACAUUAGAUGCCAUGACUGAGAUUCACCAGUACAACAAAUCUCUCAAAGCUCAGGGUCGGGGAGAUAAGGUUUCUCGUCUCGGUGUGGUGGUGUCUUUAGGCACAGGUAAACCACCACAGGUGCCAGUGAACUCGGUGGAUGUUUUUAGACCAUCCAAUCCUUUGGAACUGGCCAAGAGCUUCGUCGGAGUUAAAGAGCUGGGCAAGAUGCUGGUGGACUGUUGCACUGACUCCGAUGGAUGUGCAGUAGACCGAGCCAGAGCCUGGUGUGAAAUGACAGAUAUUAACUAUCACAGGUUGAGUCCUCAGCUUUCAGCUGAAGUGUUGCUGGAUGAAGUGAGCGAUGCUGUUCUGGUGAACAUGCUGUGGGAGACGCAGAUGUACCUCUACGAAAACAGGGAGCUUAUACACGCUCUCGCUCAGCAACUCUUGCAGUACUAACACAUACACACAUACAAACACAUACACGUGCACAUGUGUUAGAAGACUCUGGAAUAAGUUGGUCAUUUACCAAGAUCAUGGUAGAUCCUGUUCUCAGCCUCCAAUUAGCCUAAAAUCGUGUCGUCUUAAGGUGCACAUUCUAAGCUUCUACAUACAUGGUGGUUUUCGGAAAGCACUUGUCAAUAUUUAAUCAUUUUUCUUUUUAACAAAAAAUAGGUAAAAUAUAUGAAGAAUACAACGAAACCCAAUUGUUUAAAGAGUUUUUUUAUGAUACGCCUGCUAAUCAGAUUAAGAAAAUUGUAUCUAGAACUGGUUUGUUUACUGUUGUACACUAUGUAAACACCACUCCUUUGAUUAGAGUUUUUUAUGAAAAAUUAUAGCAUUGUAUGACACACAUGCAUGGCAUUUUAUAUAUUGUAGUGAUUGACUGUCUGUCAAACUCAUCACAUCAUUGCCAGUAGUCUGUGGGGGACUGUUAAACUGAUUGUGUGUGUGUGAAACAGAGAGUACCAGUAACCGUAAUAGUAACCAAUGAUAAUAGUGACAAAUUGCUGCACUUUCCAAACAGAACCCCUUUUUACUUCAGCCAGUAUACAUUCAGUUUCUUUGCUAAAUACUUGACCUUUAAAUGACCACUUGUACAGCCAAACCCAAAAGUUUACACACGCUUUUAAGGGACAUCAAUUUUUUUUAGUGUGCUUGAAAUUACAAGGAUUCUUGCUACUGUUCUUUUUUAGUGACUGAACGAUUGGAAUCCACUAACGGUAUGCUGGGUCAAACAUUCACAUCCCUGGUAAAUGUAUGUAAACUUUUGCUUUUAGCUGUAAGUGUGUAAUGUGGACAUCUAUAAAAAUCCUUUUUUAGUCUUGUAGCUUCAUUUUAAAACAAAUUAUUAACAUUCACACAGCUAACGUGUUUCUGCUAAUUAAAUUCACACGAGGGUAUUUUCUUGAACUAUACUGUUAAACCGGCUAUAUAAAAUUUGUGCUACAUUAUUUUUAGGAUUGCAGUUAAAGCAUCUAUGACGUGAACUUGACCUUCUUAAGACUAAAAUUAAAGUCUUUAUUACUGUAGUGAACACCGCAAACCUCAUUCUUUACCGUUUUGAUUACUUGGUAUGUAUAUGAAAACAUCACUCCAGUACUUGUUUUUUUUUUUUUUUUUUUUUUAUUCAAAUCCUGUGUUGCGUGGUCAGCAUUUUUACAUUAUAAGUGUGAAUUAGCGUGCUAAUUUUGGGCAUUCAUUUUAAUGGCUUUGUGUUCAAGGGAACCAAACUGCUUGAUAUGUCCAGUCCAUAUAAUCUUUACAGAUGUAUGCAAAGGUUUGGGCACUUCUGCUCAGGUCACAUUAGUGGAUUUUUGUAAUUGAAAGGCAGUUGCAAAAUGUCAUUUGAGCAAGAGUGCCAAAGCCUUUUCACCAUUUUAACUCUGAGUUUUAUAUCAGACCACAUACAAGGUGUUAGUUAAAAUGAUGUCUGGUCCAAAUAGAAAAGUAAUUUAAAAAAGGGUAUGAAAUUCUUGACCUGAAGAAAUGUAGCAUUUGAAUAUAAUAUUAUUUAUUUGUAACCAUAUUUCAUCCUAUUGACAUUUUAUUAAUAUUUAAUUUGUGUUUAAAUUAAGCAUGUUUAGUCUUAU